UGCACCCUGGCAGGCGAACCUUUGGCAUCGGGGCUUGAUUUUUGUUUAACCACCUUAAUCGCGUAGGAUGGUCUUACACAAGUGGUUGUGUUUACAAACCAGGUGACAAGUCCAGUAAAGUUUUAAGUCACUUUUGAUUAGCAAGGCGGGCCGCCCCUGCCGCCCUUUCUUUGCACUGCUGUCAAAUUAUUAACCAAGACACUUUCAGCGUCCUCAAAAUUGUGGCCUGAAGCUAUUCUGUUCCUUCCCCCGCAUACCAUUUUAAGUUAUGACAGCUAAUCAUCGGCUUAGGAAGAGGCAGGUUUUAGAUCCUCAGAGAUCUAAUCUUUUGUCAGUUUUCUGGUGAAGAGCUGGAAUGAAUUAGGGCAUCGCAGCAGGAUUUAGAAAGUAGUUCUUGAUUCUUCUUCAUUCUUCCUCAUUCCUGCAUUUCUACUACACAGUUCUACUAAUUGAAAAAUUGGUUGAUUUGUGGGGAUACUGCCAUUGUAAUAGUGGCAGUAAUAGUUCUUUCAAUUCCUGCUUUCGGUAAGAGUUUGAGAGUUUUAACAAUGCAUUGUUGAGCAGUUUCAUACCCAGGAUUUUUUUUUUUUUUUUAAAGCCUUGGUAUUAAUUUUUUCUGAUCACUUAAAACUGUAGCAGGCUGGGAACUUAGUUCUUAAUAGCUCCCCUUCCUCCCGCUGGGUAAAACCUAAGAACAGUGAAUUUCCUAUCUGGCUUGAGACAGGCAGGCUCCAUGUGAUUCAAGAGAACAGAUGUCUGAUACAGAAUCACCGUAACAAGAUACAAACUCACAGAAUCUGCUAAACUUGAGUGGAACCACUGUUUGAGCUAACAUUGUGUUCUAGGUCAAUGGCAUCUAAGACUCCAGUUGGAUUCAUUGGACUGGGCAACAUGGGGAAUCCAAUGGCAAAAAAUCUCAUGAAACAUGGCUAUCCACUCAUUAUUUAUGAUGUGUUCCCUGAUGCAUGCAAAGAGUUUCAAGAUGCAGGUGAACAGGUAGUGUCUUGCCCAGCAGAUGUAGCUGAAAAAGCUGACAGAAUUAUUACGAUGUUGCCCACCAGUAUCAAUGCAAUAGAAGCUUAUUCAGGAGCAAAUGGAAUUCUCAAAAAAGUGAAGAAGGGCUCACUAUUAAUAGACUCCAGUACUAUUGAUCCUGCAGUUUCAAAAGAAUUGGCCAAAGAAGUUGAGAAAAUGGGAGCAGUUUUCAUGGAUGCCCCUGUUUCUGGUGGUGUGGGAGCUGCUCGGUCUAGGAACCUCACAUUUAUGGUGGGAGGAGUCGAAGAUGAAUUUGCUGCUGCCCAGGAGUUGCUGGGGUGCAUGGGCUCCAAUGUGGUGUAUUGUGGAGCUGUUGGGACCGGGCAGGCUGCAAAGAUCUGCAACAACAUGCUGUUAGCCAUUAGUAUGAUUGGGACUGCUGAAGCUAUGAAUCUUGGAAUCAGGUUAGGGCUUGACCCAAAACUAUUGGCUAAAAUCCUAAACAUGAGCUCAGGACGGUGUUGGUCAAGUGACACUUACAAUCCUGUACCCGGGGUGAUGGAUGGAGUGCCGUCGGCUAAUAACUAUCAGGGUGGAUUUGGAGCAACACUCAUGGCCAAGGAUCUGGGGCUGGCACAAGACUCCGCCACCAACACAAAGAGCCCGAUCCUUCUGGGCAGCCUAGCCCAUCAGAUCUACAGGAUGAUGUGCGCAAAGGGUUACUCAAAGAAAGACUUCUCGUCCGUCUUCCAGUUUCUCCGAGAAGAGGAGACCUUCUGAGUUUGCCCUUUGGCCGUGGACACUGUUGGAAACCGACCUCCGUCUUGGAGCCUCCUUAUAGCUCACUCCACAAGUGAAUGGGCUUAAUCAAAGGUCACCUGUCUGCUUUUGACUGUCUAGGUCCCAGUAAACCUUAGGAUUUUUCACCCAUUUUUAACUGCUUAUUUUUUUUAUCUAUUUAGCAAACCUGUGUUCUCUCCAUUUUUUUUUUUUUUCCCUGUAAGCCACUGAUGGUCUCUGCUAACUAGCUGAUUGACCUUUUUCAAAAGUUUGACUCCUGAGCAUCUUCAACUAAAUCGUUGCAUACUUCAAUCAGGAUAGUAUUUAUCCCACUUUACAAAUAAAACCAAAUAUUGUCAACAGGAUGAAACCUAUCUUAAAGAAAUUGGUGUGGGGAAAGGAGUUAGAAAAAGGGGAAGCAUAGUGAAUUAUUACCUGUGUCCCUCGGGAAGUUUGUCCUGUUAACCAAGUGGUGGUAUUCUUGCGUUGCUGAGGUUACUGAUUUAUUUUCCAGGGAGUCGGUAAAGCUAACUGAACUCCCUGCUGCAUGUUUGUAAGUUGGACUCUGUUACAUUAUCUUACUGUGUAUCCUUCUUGUUACAACUCCCAAUACUCAGCAAACUUGUUUUUUAUAUUUUUGCUUCCUUUUACAUUCUUACUACAUAUUUUUUGACUUUAAAAGAAUGACAUCUUUAGAACUGUUUCAGAGCCAAUGAUGAUAUUUGCUUUAGAUAAUUAUUACAUUAUUCUAAAUAUAACCAUAUUAUUUUGAAAUCAAAUAAAUUUCUAUGCUGAUAAUACUUUCUUGGAGUUUUCGUGUCUCU